AGAGUAAAAAAGCACUCUCAAAUGUUAGUCAUCUCGGGGCAUACUACAUGGAUUCACCGGUUGAAUCCUCAGGCUUAUAACGCUGAGAUGCGACUCGACGCACUGAUAUUUAGGCUUUUGGCAGCUGCGUCUGAACUACAAAAGUCAAACUUUUUUAAAAAUGGAUGA